UCGCCCAGCCCCUCGCGAGGAGCCGGGCCGCUGCCGCUGCUACCACCGCCUCCUCCUCCUCCUCCUCCAGUGCCCGGAGUCUCCCGCUGUCUGGGCUGGUUCCGCCAUGAGGCGCUGAGAGCCGAGACAGAGAAGGGAGGCAGGGGAGCCGCGAGGAGCCCGUCGCCCAGCGGCUGAGGGGGCCGAGCGGCCGGGUAGACGCCGAGCCGAGGCUCCCCACACGGUUCCGUCCCGCGCGGGGCGGCCGAGACCAUGUAAAGCGGCCCCAGCCCGAAGAACCAGUCCCGGACGACGGGGGAGCAGCUGCCGCCGACGCCGCCACCGGCUUGUGAAGGCCCCGCAAGGGCGCCUGUUUCUCUCUCUGUGUUGUGUGUUUUGUGGGGAACAUGGCGACGUCUAAUCUGUUAAAGAAUAAAGGUUCACUUCAGUUUGAAGACAAAUGGGAUUUCAUGCGGCCGAUUGUUCUGAAGCUUUUGCGCCAGGAAUCUGUCACGAAACAGCAGUGGUUUGAUCUAUUUUCGUAAGUAGUGUGUAUCAUUUGUAAUUCUUGGGUAAUAGAACAAUGGUAAUGGUUUGUAAUAUCUUGUUGAAACAGUUGUUUAAGGGAAGACCCUGUAAUAGACUUCUUACUUAGGAUAAUCAUUUGUUUUCAAGAUAGCUAGCAACUGACUUUCAAAAUUAGAAUGGUAAUGAAGUGAUUUAUUUGGGAUUAUCGUUUACUUAAACUGUUAUGUAUUGAUGUACUGUGCUCAUAGGUUCCACAUUCAAGUAAUUUUUCUCUGAUAAAAUGGUUGGACAGUUAUUUUUUUAUAGCACAAUCGUCUGUCAACAGAAGUCUAAAUUCUAAUCAAUGGUUUACUCAGAGCUGAAAAUAUGCUGAAAAGAGCAAUUGCCGAAGCUAAUAGCAGCUUUUAGCAGUGCUGCAUUUACAAAAUAUGCACACACACAAAUGGAUUUCAGGAGGUAUUUGUGGAACACACAUACCCUUUUGUUAAGAACAUUUGUUCCAUUUUUUGUUGCCAGGGUUUUUCCUGCUAAAGACUAGCAGUAGAAGGGGCUUGCUUCCUGGGCUGUAAUGGUCACUUGAACUAGCGAGCCCCUGGCUAUCAGGGCUCACUCCAGUAACCUAUGAAUUCCUCCUCAAGUUGCUCUUGCCAAAAAAGGGAGUUGCUGUUAAGCCUUUUCCUGACAUUUUCUCCCCCUCCCCACCCCUCUGACCGAUGUUCCUUGAGCUGAGAGAUGAAGAUUGGGAGGUUGGAGGAUGGAGACACAUGCAUGGGCAAUCAUAUGUUCCCAUGCCUUGUAUGCAAGUGAGCUUACUUGAGUGUGUAACACACCAUACUUGCUGACCAGAGGGCCUCGCUGCUCUUAGGGAUGUGCAUGGCGUUUGCUUGUGGGAUGAUAAAGGCCCAGCAAAAAUACACCAGGCUUUGAAAGAAGAUAUCCUUGAUUUUAUUAAACAAGCACAAGCAAGAGUGCUGAGCCACCAAGAUGAUACUGCAUUACUGAAAGCCUAUAUUGUAGAGUGGCGUAAAUUCUUCACGCAGUGUGAUAUCUUACCCAAGCCAUUUUGUCAGUUAGAGAUUACUCUCAUGGGCAAACAAGGCAGCAAUAAGAAGUCCAAUGUAGAAGACAGUAUUGUACGAAAGCUCAUGUUAGAUACUUGGAACGAGUCCAUAUUUUCAAAUAUAAAGACUCGCCUUCAAGACAGUGCAAUGAAGCUGGUCCAUGCUGAAAGGCUAGGGGAAGCAUUUGACUCUCAACUUGUCAUUGGUGUUAGAGAAUCGUAUGUUAAUCUGUGUUCUAAUCCUGAAGACAAACUCCAGAUUUAUCGGGAUAAUUUUGAAAAAGCAUACCUUGACUCAACAGAGAGAUUUUAUAGAACUCAAGCCCCUUCGUAUUUGCAACAAAAUGGUGUUCAGAAUUACAUGAAAUAUGCAGAUGCUAAAUUAAAGGAAGAAGAAAAAAGAGCACUACGGUAUUUAGAAACCAGGCGGGAAUGUAACUCUGUAGAAGCGCUUAUGGAGUGCUGUGUGAAUGCUCUGGUGACAUCUUUUAAGGAGACAAUUUUAGCUGAAUGCCAAGGCAUGAUCAAACGAAAUGAAACGGAAAAGUUGCAUCUAAUGUUUUCAUUGAUGGAUAAAGUUCCUAAUGGAAUAGAGCCUAUGUUAAAAGAUUUGGAAGAGCAUAUCGUUAGUGCUGGAUUAGCAGAUAUGGUAGCAGCCGCAGAGACUAUUACUACUGAUUCUGAAAAGUAUGUAGAACAAUUGCUCACAUUAUUUAAUCGAUUUAGCAAGCUGGUUAAAGAAGCUUUUCAAGAUGACCCAAGAUUUCUUACUGCCAGAGAUAAGGCAUAUAAAGCUGUUGUUAAUGAUGCCACAAUAUUUAAACUUGAAUUACCAUUGAAACAGAAGGGUGUUGGACUGAAAACACAGCCAGAGUCCAAGUGCCCAGAGCUGCUUGCGAAUUAUUGUGAUAUGUUGUUGAGAAAAACACCGCUAAGCAAAAAACUAACCUCUGAAGAAAUUGAAGCAAAGCUUAAAGAAGUGCUAUUGGUGCUCAAGUAUGUGCAGAAUAAAGAUGUUUUCAUGAGGUACCACAAAGCUCAUUUAACAAGACGUCUUAUAUUGGAUAUAUCAGCAGAUAGUGAAAUAGAAGAGAAUAUGGUAGAAUGGCUGAGAGAAGUAGGUAUGCCAGCAGAUUAUGUAAAUAAGCUGGCGAGAAUGUUCCAGGAUAUCAAAGUAUCUGAAGAUUUGAACCAGGCUUUCAAGGAAAUGCACAAAAAUAAUAAGCUGGCCCUACCAGCGGAUUCUGUGAAUAUCAAAAUAUUGAAUGCUGGGGCCUGGUCCAGAAGUUCUGAAAAGGUUUUUGUAUCGCUGCCCACGGAAUUAGAAGAUCUCAUCCCUGAGGUGGAAGAGUUCUACAAAAAGAACCACAGCGGCAGGAAACUUCACUGGCAUCAUCUUAUGUCCAAUGGAAUUAUAACUUUUAAGAAUGAAGUUGGCCAGUAUGACUUGGAGGUAACAACGUUUCAGCUGGCUGUGCUUUUUGCCUGGAACCAAAGACCCCGAGAGAAGAUCAGCUUUGAAAACCUUAAACUGGCAACAGAACUCCCUGAUGCUGAGCUCAGGAGAACUUUGUGGUCACUUGUAGCAUUUCCAAAGUUGAAACGUCAAGUUUUGUCAUAUGAACCUCAAGUCAACUCACCCAAAGACUUUACUGAAGGAACCCUCUUCUCAGUGAACCAGGAGUUCAGCUUAAUAAAAAAUGCAAAAGUUCAAAAGAGAGGUAAGAUAAACCUAAUUGGUAGACUUCAAUUAACUACAGAGAGAAUGCGAGAAGAGGAAAAUGAAGGGAUAGUCCAGUUAAGAAUAUUACGGACGCAGGAGGCUAUCAUCCAAAUAAUGAAAAUGAGGAAGAAAAUUACUAAUGCUCAGCUUCAGACUGAACUAGUAGAGAUAUUAAAGAACAUGUUCUUGCCACAGAAGAAAAUGAUAAAAGAGCAGAUUGAAUGGCUUAUAGAACACAAAUAUAUCAGAAGAGAUGAAUCAGAUAUCAACACUUUUAUAUACAUGGCAUAGCUUGAAGACUCUUACUGGAAGAUGCCAAGGAAAUGUGGAUUGGAGAUGGCUUGAGCAGACAACUACAAGAAAAUGAACUGUGCUGAGAAAGGACUUGUUUGACUUGCAUUACAUAUUCAAAUCCCUGCCUUACCUUACCAGAGGACUUUGUUUUGCCAACCUUUUUUUCAGCUAGCAUGAUGGCGUUCCCUUCAUGUUGCACAGGUUUUUAACAGCAUGCUGUUUUGUGGGGAAACUUUGCAUUCAUUGAGAGCCUAUUGUGAUAUUUUUUUAGAUUUCAAAUGUACCACCUGGAAGAGAACAGAUUUGGGGUUUCUAGAUGAACAGUACCUUGCACAAGGAAAAUAUCUUCAAAACCCAUGCACUGAGGGUUGUCACAUUUUUUAAAAAGCAGCGAGUAGGACUAGAUGUAGCAUUUCACACUUUUGUGUUUUGGAUCAACAGCCUCCUUUUGAUCCAUUUUUAUGUACAAUAUUUGAGCAAGACACAAAUAACAUCACAGCUGAAAAUUUAUCUUUGGGCUCAAGCAAAGUGCUUCAGUAUAACUGAAUUUGGAUACUGAGACACAAGUGAUGUUAAGCAGGAUAUAUAUCCUGUUUGUCACUUUUCUUUACAAAACUUGGGUAAACAUUUGUUUCUUGGACAGAUGACUUCAUUCCCCUCCUUUUUAUAAUAAGAGGUGUUGCUUUCUCUUGAUUAUGGCUUCACCCUUAAGAACUGUGUUUCAUGGAUGGAUCUGUUUAUGGUGAAACAAAAUGAAAUAUUAAGUGUAUCUCUUUGUACAUUUAAUAUAGUAUGCUUGCGUAAAUCUGAAUGCAUUAAAAAUAGCCAGUGCACAACUUAUCCAAUAUAGGAAUUAACAUUUUGACAAUCCCUAUAUAUUUCUUCCUUGAUUAUUUAUUUGAAAAUCUCUAAAUGUUACAUUUUUUAAUACAAUUCUACUGGGGGGGGGUCCACCAGCUCCACAUAUAUAUGCUGACAGAUUGUCAUAAAUCUGACUGUUCUACCACCCAGCCUCCAUUUGUUUCAGUGAGUAAGAGCCCCCACUGAUGGAAUGUGUUCAUUCCUCUCCCCCCCUUCCCUUGAUAAAAAUCUUCCAGAGACUUAAAGCAAUGCACAUUAAGGCUUAGGGCUAAAGAGUGCUUUACUGAGGGCAAAGGAACUGCCACACCACAGCAGAUGCUAGUCAUUUUCAGAGUUAACUGCCAGGUCUCCAGCUGCUUUAAAAUGUCCAUGAAGAGUUGAGCUCCUGCCUCAGCAUUACUAGUGUGGGAGAAAAAUUACCUAACGCCAGUUCAGCUUUUACCAUACCCUAUUCCUAAACAUUAUGCCUGGGGAAAGCAAUGUUGCAAAACGGCCUUUAAACUUUUAGCAGUAUAGAGCCAUUGUCUUUCCUUCUCAAAGUUAGGGAUUAUGCUUACAGGUUGGAAAGUGAAAUGGUAACAGGGAGCUGUAUGGGCAGCAUGAAACUGGAAAUGGUUGCUGUAUUUUACCUAUAAUGGGGCUCCAAAGGUAGUCUGUCCAAAGGACAGACAGAGGUUGGUACUGGCGCCCUUGUGAACAUAAAUAACAUACGAGUGUGGGUGGGGAACUGUAUGUGCUUUGGGAUGGCAGAGACCAACAAACUUGCAUAGAAAUGCAAAAGUGGCAGAUGAAAACAGGCAGUGAUUUAAAACCUCACUUUCUGCACAUAAUGUGUGCAUUUUUAUUGUGGAUCAGAGGACAAUAUUUUUUAAAAAUUAACAUAGAGUUAACAUAAACUUCCAAGUUAACAUAGAAUUGUUUGAAUUUCAGCAUCAAAAUUUUAUGGGCAAGAAUUUUAAAAAAAGUUUUACAUACUUAUCAAGCACUCCUGGUUAAAGGGAAAGACAACUAAAAUUGAUCCCCCAGAAGUCUACAUGCUACAGGGUUUCUAAGACUGCAUUUGGUUUGGAAGUUGGUUUGGAAAUGGGUAGGAAAGGGCAAGUAAUUUUUUAAAAAUAUUUGUAAAUAUUUAUUGGAAUACUUUGAUGAGAGUGUUUUUGAAUUGUAUGCUUCCCAUUAAUUUGUAUUGGAGGCAGUAGGCAUGACACAUUAAAUAUAAAACCAGCUUUAAACUUCAUAUUUAAUUUCUUGGUAUCGUUCAGACACUAGCAGCCUGAUUGUCAAAAAAUACUCCUUUCCCUAUUUUUUAUUCCUAGCAGUGCAAAUACUUUAGAACUUUGGAAUUGGUGGCUAGGAUGUAAAUGACCACCACGGACUUCUUUUGUGACUAUUCAAAAACCCCUCCCAUCAGCCCCUUGUUCUCCCUGAAAAGAGUGCAGUACAGUGGCCUGUACUUCAAAAGGAAAAUUGCCAAAACAAAAUAACAAAAUAACCACCCUCAGAAAACCCAUCCACAUGCAGAAGCACUUUAAGGAUCACAUGAGGCUGUUUGGAUCUUGCCAGUGAGAGUCUGUCUUGCUCAUUUACAUAGCAGCAAAAUUCAGAGUGCUCCUUGCGUCUCCAUCUCUUAUGGUUAUUUCUUACACAAGGUACCUAAAUGUUUCUAGGACCAGGGGAAUUACAAUGGACAAUGUGCCUAUAACUUUGUUCAGGUUUUUUUUCUUUUUGUGUACAUUGGAUCAGGAUGUCAUGUAAAACACUGAAUCUGAAAAAUCACACCAGCAAUUUCCUUACAGCUGCAGAAUCACAUUUAGCAUUCUCUUGUCAGGACACUUUUCACCAAGAUGCCCUUAAGGCUAAAGGUUAUCAGGAAGAGAAACAAACUGGUUUAAAAAUGUAUGCGGAAAUAGGAAAACAUCCAAAUCUAAGAAUGAAUUGAAUCAUCAGUCAUUGCAAUAUGGCAACAUGGCACUUUUAAAGCUUGAUUUUUAGCUUUGGAUAUUUUUCUCCAAAGACCUAGCAUAAAGAGGUGCUGCUUCUGAAAAAUGUAUGUUGCCACAAGCACUGCCAUUGUGGUAUGUAUUAAGUAAUACUCUAGAUGUGAAAAAUAAUGUAGGUUGCAUUGAUUUUAAACAUAGUUGUUAAAAAAAAACUUGUCACAACAUAUGAGGUUCAUACUUAAUUUUGAAGUCUUCCAUUUUCCCCCUUUAUCCUACUGGUAUCCCUUGUUUUAUACCUAUUCAUUUGUUUAAACCUGUUGUUGGAGCAUAGUGUGUAGUUUAACUUAAGUUUGAGUGGUGGCUCCCCCCUUUUGGGGGCGAAAAAGUAACAUGGCCCGGGUAGUUGAAUACUUUGGAUUUAUUUGCAUUACAGUAUCCAUUGUAAAAGGUACAAAUUUUAAAAGUGCAGCUGAGAGAAAUAUUUGAUAGCUUCAUGGAAAGAUUUGGUAUCUUAAGCGCAAAACUAUUUUCUAUUUUCAUGGAACUGGCUGGGAUCCUAUCUUUGUAAAUUCAAGGUCAUAUUUGUGAAAUAAAACAAUACACGAGAGCUUUCCUGUUUUAAUAGACUAUAUGUAGCCUGGAGUGCAGCACAAACAUGAGUUUCCUAGGUUGUAAUAUCCAUCUACAUAAGGUUAUUUACAGUUUUGAAUGUGUGCCACUACAUACUGAAGUAAUGCUGUACAAUUUUGACUGGUAGCAGUUUCUUGUAUGGCAGUCCGGCUGAACUAUUUUGAUGUACUGCUUAAUUUUUGGAUUUUAUUUUUUAAGUUGUAUAAUUUAUUUUCUUGCAAAAUAAAAAUGUAAUAUAAAAUAUUAUAAAAAAAACCACAAAAUA